GUGCGUUGUUGGGUUUGUUUUUUGCCGCCAAUUUUUGUUCUGGUGUCCUUCGCAUCUUCAAAGUAUUUCCUCAAUUCGCACCGGCGUUGAAAGAGAUGGCAAGGCUCGAGGGAACAUCCAAGAGACGUAGGGACGAAGACGAGGAUCAUGGCCACGCUCAGAGCCAGGAUGCAGUCGUCCCCCGUAGCAGGAUCACUUCAACUCUUCACGGCGUACAGGAUAAAACAGAAUACAAGAAUGGCGCCAUCUUGAAAGUCUCUAUGAAGAGCUUUGUCACGUACGAGUACUGCUCUUUUACCCCUGGACCGAACCUGAACAUGAUCAUUGGACCAAACGGCACAGGAAAGAGUACCAUCGUUUGCGCUAUAGCCCUCGGACUCGGCUGGAAUACCAAUGUGUUGGGCAGAGCAAAGGAUAUCUCAGAAUUCGUCAAACAUGGCGCGGACAAAGGGUGGAUCGAAAUUGUACUUUGCAACAGAUUUGGGUCCAAUGUCGCGAUCAAGCGCCAUAUCAACAAGAACAAUAACACUAGCGUUUGGAAGAUCAACGGCGAGAACAAAACGCAGAAAGAUGUUAUGAAAAAGGUUCAGUCAUUCAACAUCCAGGUCGACAAUCUUUGCCAAUUUCUUCCGCAGGAUAGAGUCUCGGAAUUUGCACAGAUGUCACCGCAAGAACUUCUCAAGGAGACUCAGCGUGCUGUUGGAGGAGAGGAGAUGUUAACUGAUCAUCAGAGGCUUAUCGGCUUGUGGAACGAACAUAAAACGAUUGCUGCUUCCAUGAAAGGAGAUCUCGAGUUUAUCGAAACGAACAUGAAACGCAACCAAGUGAUAGAAAAGGAUGUGCUUCGAUUUCAGGCGCGCGAAGCUGUGUUGAAAAGGGUGCGCCUGCUCGAGAUUUGGAUUCUAUAUGCGAAAUACGGUAAAGCCAAGGAUGAAUACAAUGAGGUCAAAGAAUCGAGGCGCGUCACGUUCGCUAUGUAUAAGCAGCUCCAAACUGAAGUAGAACCGCUGCAGUCUAAACUCAGCACGAUGGAAGACAGGGAGAAGCGUUGCGACGAUGAAAAGGCCGUUUUGGACAGACAGUACCAGAAAUCUGUCCAUGCUAUGAAAACCGUGGGCGCAGCGAUCGAGGCAGUAGAGGGAACGGGAGAGGAGCUUCGAAAGGAUAUGGACCGACUUCAUGCCAGAGCUCAGCAGAGACAGGCUGCAAUUGCCAAUAUGAAGCGCAAGGUUGCGGCACAGCAAGAAUUGGUCGAUGGUGCACAGUCGGAUGAGCACAUCAACAAGGAAAAGGAUGAGCUGCAUGAGAAAGUGAUGGCCAUACAAGAAGAAGUUCACGACAUAAAGGACAAGAUUGACGUCCUGCGCUCCCGCCAAGAAGAUAUCGUUCGUGAGGGCAAUUCCAUAAAUUUCCGACUGACCGAGAAAAGAAAACGGCUGGAGGCACUCGACGAUAUUAGAAACAGACGACUGCAGCAGCUAAGGAGCCAAGAUAACGAUGUGUAUGAGGCUGUUCUCUGGCUACGCCAGAAUCGCGAGAUGUUUCAGAAGCAUGUCUUUGAGCCCGUGUGCCUUGAACUCAAUAUCAAAAAUAUGAAGUUCGUCAACGCCAUCGAGAAUAUUCUUCGCAACCAUCUCAAGACGUUUGUAUGCCAGACGAGAGGUGAUUAUGAUAUCUUCACGCGUGAGCUGCUGGAUAAGAGGAGACUGAGGGUUAAUGUGAUCGCUCCCAGUCCAAAGGAGUUGGACCUGGACAAUUACAGCCCACCUGUGCCACCAAACCAACUCAGUCGUUAUGGAUUUACUUGCUACAUGCUGGAUGCCAUCGAUGGACCACCCGCGCUCAUGGCAACUAUGUGUAGCAAAGGUGGAAUACACAUGAUUCCUGUCGCCGACACCCCGAACCUGGAUUUUCAAGCAAUCCGCGAAAGUAGAAAAUUCAAGCGCUAUGCCAACUCUACAACUGUUUACAGCGUGACCUACUCAAAGCACACUGGGGAAGCUAUGGACACAGCAACGCAACUUCGACCAGCCCAGAUCUUUACGGCGUCUGUUGACCACGAGGAGCGCGCUCAGCUGAUUAGGGAAGUGGAUCAAAUGCGGUCCACUUUGGAGCAGAACGAAGGAAAGGUUCGCAACAUGAGUGGGGAAGAGAAUGGACUUCGCCAAGCCUAUCAGGAACUCCAAAGCAAGAAGAAUUCUCUGAGUGACAGGAGGAAGGAGUUGGUAAUGAUGAUCAAGCAAAAGGAGAAGAACAAGAUCGAGCUUGAGAGGUUUAAAGAGGACUUGGAACGCAAGCUGCAGGAGCCCUCGACUGAGGAGGGAGUGGAAACGAUCCGUCGCAAUCUCCGCAAAUUGGCGAUGAAGCGUUGCAAGCUGACCAUGGACUAUCUUGAACACGCCAAGGAGAGCCAGCGACUCUUCUCCAAGCUCACUAUUGCGACGUUGAACCGGUUGCAGGCGCAUACGGCACUGCAGGCGACAAAAGCGGAAUGCGACGCAAAGGCUCGUGAGCUGAAGGACAUGGAGGACCAAUACGCUGCGGUGAACGAGCAAUAUGAUGAGGUAAAGGAACGCGCCAAGGUUUUGUUAGACAAGGCCAAGGAGGAGUACAAUACAUUGCGGCCAGAAGACGUUGCUGAGUUCCAGGAGGUUGGAAAGGGCAUCCCUCUGGAAGAAUUGGAAGAGAUGCUUUCUGCCGAGAGUGCCAAAGCUGCUCUUCACUAUACCCCAAACCAAUCGGUGAUCGAUAAGUACGAGCAACGUCAGGGGGAGAUCAAGAGUGCCCAAGAAAAAGUUGAAACAAAGGAAAGGAAGCUGUCCAAGGUCAUGACGGAUAUCGAAGCUGUCCGUGGACCGUGGCACAUAAAACUGAUUUCACUGAUUGCGAGGAUUAGCAAGGGAUUCUCAAAAUCGUUUGAGAAGAUUGGGUGUGCAGGAGAGGUCAAGCUUGGCGAGCACGAGGACUAUGACAAAUGGUGCAUCGAAAUCCUGGUCAAGUUCAGGGAUACCGAGAAACUUCAAAAGUUGACGGGACAACGCCAAUCGGGAGGAGAGCGUUCUGUAUCGACGAUCAUGUACUUGAUGGCCCUCCAGGAGAUGUCCAAAGUGUCAUUUCGAGUCGUGGAUGAAAUUAAUCAGGGCAUGGAUCCUCGCAAUGAACGUCUGGUUCACUCACAACUGGUGGAUAAGGCAUGCCAGGAUGACACAGCACAGUACUUCCUGAUUACACCCAAGCUGUUGCCGAACCUGGAGUACCACGAACGCAUGAAAGUUCUCUGCAUCUACAAUGGAGAAUGGCUGGACGAAAAUGUCCCGAAAUGGGGGACCUAUAUUGAGAACCAGCAGCGGAGUCGAGUCCGUCAGAUGUAGAGUCAUCCUUAUCUUUACUGUGUGCCUAGUAGCUGGUAUGCCCUCGUUCUUAUGGUGAUAUAAAUAUAAAAGC